AUUCUGCGGCGCACUCUCAGACCCCUCAUGCGGACGGCAGCGCGGCUCUGCAGCACCACGGAGAGAGAACCCCUCGCGCUCAAACACGCGCAGCCCGGCCCUCGCAGCGCACACGCGCACACGCACACGGACCUGCGCGGGGAACGGAGCCCAGCACCGGUGCUGCCCGCAAACAGGACGCCGAGAACCCGCUCCUCCUCCUCCGGUCGCCACCUCCCCCAUCCGUCACCUUGACGAUCUUUCUCUCCCUGUCCUCCCGGGUUGCUUCAGAGACGUAGGGAGUCAUGCCAGGGGAAGCGGCCCACCGGACCGUCCCCUCUCCAGGCUUGCCUGAGGCGGGGCAAGACAGCACGGGCAUCCCCGGACCAGGUAGACAUGACCAGACAAGCUUCCAGCUCUUCUGCCUCUACUCCCAGUGACUGUGCAUCCACUCCCUCCCCUAGCACCCCAUCACAGCUCUCCCCAGAAUGCACCUCUCCAUUUGGCCCACGGUUACCCAUGGCCAAACACUACAGUUCAGCAAGACCCCAGCCAGAAGGGGCCAGCAGCGAUGGAGGCUCAGACGGCCGACUUGGACGGCUCACUGGCAGGUUUGGUCGAGGGUCUUACAGGCAUGGGGCCAUCAAGAUGGAAAGGAUCAAGGUGCUGACAGGGACUGAAGUGGAGAGUGACUACAAGGAGCCAGAGGCCAUGGACACAAGGGUGGUGAUGGGCCAGGAGGCUCUUCUAAGGAAUAUGGAGAUCCAGGGGGGGACACUUUUGCAGAAAAAAACUGGGCAGGAAGCCCACAGUCUGGAAAGCAAAUCCGGGGUGCCAUCCCCUGUCCUGGAGGAGGUUAAGAUGGGAUGUUCUGAGAAAGCAAAGCUGGACACCGGCCAAGAGGGUCCGUCUGUCAUACACGAUGAGUGCCUGACUACUAAAACGGAGCCAGAGAAAGAUUCUGCACAGCUCCUCACCCAUCCUGUCCUGGAACCCAAAGCAAUGUUGGAUAUUGGACUGAUUGACAGCUGCAGCUCCUUGGGAGGGGAAGAAGGGGAGGAGCUAUCUCAGGGUGAAGUGCCUUCCUUGUCCUUUUCUGAGCCCUCCUGUAUGGUCGACCCCCAACGAGUGGGGGUACCCUCAGGUAUGGACCCAGACCUCUACUACACUGCUCCCUCCACUCCCAUUAAGAUGGCCUAUUGCUCACACCUUAAGAACCAGUGGUACCCCAGCUCACAAAGUCCAGGACCAGGCUCCCCAACUGAUGAGUCCUCUGACCUUCCUGAAAGUGAAGGUUUGUGCUCUCCCCCCACUUCCCCUUCAGGCUCGUACAUCACAGCUGAGGGAGGCAGCUGGACCUCCUCCUACACAUCCAGCACCUCUCCAUCCUGCUCCCCAAACCUCAUUGCUGAGGCAGAGCUGCAGGAGGCACCUGCUUGCUAUGUUGAGUCCCUCUCCGAGAUUGGGGAUGAGCUUGGCGAGGACAGGAGCAGUGCCGAGAAGGACACAUGCCUUUACAAGGCUGAUGGUCUGGGGCUGUCAGAAACAGAUGUUUCUUUUACAGAAGGCAUCGAUGCACCUAAGAGGGGGACCUGCCGACCCCACUGGGUAACCGAAGAAACGUCUCCCCAGAGGAGUAGCAGUGGGAGGAGCACUUCAUCCCAGGAAGGAGGAGGUGAGUCUGAGGGGUCCCUGGAGCCGCUGGAGGAGCAAGAGGCUGUUGGGCUAACAGAAUAUGUGGAUCCAGAGCAGGACGUGGAGCUAGAUUUGAAUGCCUGCGUCUCUGAACAUUUUGCCACCCUGGAUGCCCCCCUCAGCCCAGAGGAGGUAAUUUCCCCAGACCUAGUGGCCUCAUUCCCAUUUGUUCAUCGCCUGUCUGCAGCCGCAGACACAGGCAGCCUGACCCCAGCCACAUGCUCCUCUGAAGUAUCAGACACAGACAACAACAGCCUCUAUGGUGAGAUGGCCUCCUCUGCCCUGCUGUUCCCAUCUCGAGAGGAUAGCCAAGGUGGUGACAUGAUGAUACCAGCCUCUAUGCUUCCUUUGCAUGCAAGUCUCAUCUUCCAAGCUGACUCCAUGGAGAUUACAUUGUUCCCCACAGAGGAUGAACCCAGUAAUGAUGUGGAUGCUUAUGCAGCUGGAGAGGAGGAAGGGGACGUGGAUGAAGAUGAAGAUGAAGAGGAGGUGGAGGAGGAGGAGGAAGAAGAGAAGGCAGAAGGAGUAGUGGAAGAAGAAGGGAAAGUUUUAGAGGACCUCAACGAAGAAGACACAUCUGCGUCCUUCUUAAACUCUCUCUCUGAGACCUCCAUUAAUGAGGGCAUAGAUGAGUCCUUUGCCUUCCAGGAUGACACAGAGGAAUCAAUUGAUUCUGCCUCUUACAAUGGCGAGGAAGAUGAGAGGCUAUACAGCACAGAGAGGCAUGCUGAACUGGCUCAACAGUUUCCUGGGCCAGAUGACCCAGCGGAACCUGCAGUUCCACAGCAGCAGGAUUCCUCCAACUCAGGAAGUGGAAGUGAAAGUGAGAUGGAGAUCUCCUCUGAGUCGUCUGAUGCAAAUCAUGGACCUAACAAGAUUUCAACAGCUGACAAUGUUAGCUCACCUGCAGUGAGUCCUCCUACACAUCCAGCAGCACAUACGAGUAAGGGUGAAACAUCAGUUGUUACAGAAGAAGUCCGAAUGCCUCAACAAGCUGAACUGGAGAUCACUGAGAGGUGCACAGAACCUAAGGCUGGCAUAGCACAGGAAUCAGUUGAUGAAACAUUCAUGCCACCUUCCCUGGAAGGUGCUUUGCAGCUGGCAUUACCUGCCAGAGCAAAUGAAGAUCCAGUUACUGGGGAACUGAUCAAACAUUCUGAAGACAGUGCAAGCAAACUCUCCACUUGCCUGAGUGGAGCAGCCACAGCAACAGGGGGUGAGCAUCCGGAUCUUGUUGCAGAACUUGCAGAUCAGAAAAAUGGCAACAGCGUGGACAAUGCCGACCCCUCACUGAGCCUAGAUGAGACAGCCACCAAUGAUCUGAAUAAAGGUGUACCACUGCUUUCACACCCCAAAGAAGACUGCUGCAACCCCAGCAACAUACCCAUCUCCACCAGCCCUGAGGCUUCCUCUGAGGUGCUGGAAAACUUGGCUGUCAAAACCACAGAUGUCACAACCUUGGGAUCAUCUCUGAACCAGGAUAACCUGGCUGAGGAUCAGCCCUGCACAGAUGACAUAAACUUGUGCCCUCACAAUGCACCAUGUUCUGCCUAUAGUGUGCUGGCCAUUUCACCAAAGAAAGAAAACUCUGAUACAAAGGCCUCAGAGGCUGAACCUUCUUCCAGAGAUUGGGAAUCAGAAGUGCCUCUGUCCUUGAGAGAAUGUCAUGGCUAUGAUUCAGAGAGCUUGCUGUUGUGCGAGAUAGCUGGUCCAUUGGGCACUGAAGCCACCGCCAUUUGCCCCAACAUUGCUUCGGGAGGUGGUGCCUUAGCGGACCAGGAUGAUAACAUAAGCUGUGACAAUUUGCUCUUGGAAUCAUCAGAAACAGAGGGAGGUAUGCUUAAGUCCAAUCUAACAAACUGGAAAUCCAUAGAAGAGAUUUCAGAGGCAGGCGGAGGGGAGGAUGGAAGCUCUCAUUUUGCUGAGGAUGAAGACAACAACCUUCAGGAUCAGGAUGAUAGUCCAACUAGACAGCAUGAAGAAGCAGGCACAUGGAAUGACUCAGAAAGUGCCGGUCCACUGUUAAGUUCCACAGGACCACCAAAAUGUCUCCAGUUCAACAUCCUUUCCGAAGCUGAUAACAAGGUUACCAAAAAUCGAAAUCCAAUUAUGGAACAAGAUUGUGUGAACAUCCCUGAAGAAUCUGUAUCAAAUGUAUCUAUAGUGGAGGAGAUACCACAUCAUGAGGCCGCUGUUGUAAGCUCUGAUGGGUUGCAUAAGGAAGGUGUCACUCAACAAAUUAAGAAACCACAGCCUGUAUCCCCUGCAGAUUUAAAAACAAAUAGCAGUGCGCUAGAAGGAGCUAAGACCCAAAUGGAUAGUACACACAAGUCAAAUGGUACGGCUUAUGUUGAGGGGAAAACGUCUCCAACUGUAGACAAAUCCCUCUGUAAGAAUGAAACUGUAGCACAGAGUAAAGCUGGCGCCAUUGGACACAAGGGUACAAUUUCUUUACUAGGGGGAUCUUUUGGCACAUUCAACCCUAGAAAAACGUCCAACAUCUCCAGGUCAGAAAGACCUCUGGUAAAUAGUCCUUCACCAAGAAAAGAUUCAGUGGUGAAAAGCCAGGACCAAGAGGCUGUAUCAGAGGCAACAGUGUUGACAAGUGUAGAACUACACACUGAUGUUAACACUGAGAAACAAACUGAGAACCACAAAGGUAUAGCAUUUGACAAACAUACUGAUGAACCAAAGACUAUUGAAGCCUUUAAGGAACAAGAGUGGACAAAGACUAAGGAGGAUUCUCAUAUGUCAAGGGAAGGGAACACUGAAGACGUUGAACUAACAGUCCCUCUAAAGGAGACAGUUAUGGAAAGCUUGAAAUUGGCAGUGAAAGGGCACAAACUGCCGGAUGUUAUGGAGGAGUCAACAUUACCUGAGACAGAGAGGGAAGAAAAAGGGAAAGAUGACAAAUUGACUUGUCAGGGUGAGCAAGAAACCUCUGAAAAUGCAACAGAGAGUUCUGUUGACAAAAAACCAAAGCAACCUGAUGCACUUACAAGUCAUUCUCCUAUCACUGCAAACAAGACACUGAGAGAACAAGAUUUUGUCUCAGAAAACUCCAAGGAAGAGGCUUCAUCCGGAAAGAGCAUCUGCAAGGUAAUGUCACCUGAGAAGAGCCACAUAUCUGUGAAUGAGGUUGUCUCAGAGGCGCAACACAAUGUGGCAACUCAACAGUGGAAAGAUGUAAGGCUGAGUCCAUCUGUUGCAUCAGAUGAAAGUGUGAGUCAAGAGAAUCAAGACCUUAUCAACACCUUAAGUCCUGUUGUGUCAAAGCAAAGUGAAAAUGAGCUGAAUCAAGACAAAACUGCCACCCAAAGUCCAAGUCCCUCUGCUGCCUGUGAGGCUGAGAGCAAGCAGACUGUGUUAGUGAAGGAAGAGGUCCUUGACAGCAGCACUUUACAGAAAAGGCACCCAGCACGUAGUGCUGGAGACAUCAAUGACAACCACGUUGAAAGCAAUCUGACGUCCAGUGCAGAGCAAAGCCAGUCCUACCCCCUGGGAGGCUCCAUGAGUCCACCCAGUGAGGAGCUUUCCCUCCCCAUCCAGGAGUCCCUGGCUGCAGUCAAUCCCGCACAAUCCCUUCCUGAGCCACCCACUAAACCAGACCCUAUGCACAGCUGCACUGAUAUCCCUACACUCCUCACAUCCCAUAGCCUGUCACAGCCCCUCCAGGAGACUGCACCAGUGCCCGAGCAGCCACCCUCAGCACCAGUCCAGGAUACACAGCAUCAAGCAGACAGGCAACCUUCGCUGUCACUGAAGCAGCAUGCACAGGAGAAGCUGAGAGGAGGCACAGAAGAGGAGGCUGAGACCAGUAGCACAGAGUCACCACGCGGGCCGCCGACCCGGUCCGGAGAAGUUUCAGGGCCCAAGGGUGGCCGCCAAAGGGGUUCCUUGCACACCGAAUCCAGCUCCUCCAGCGAGAGAGAGACUCCUUCUUCGCCCGCACAGGUUCUCAGCCCCACUCCCCAUACCUCUGUGUGUGCGGAGCCACGCCCACCUGAGAGACAGGAGCCCCUCAGCCAAAGCCCCGUCUCUUACCGUCACAAAGCAGCACCUGAGGUGGAUUUAUCCUUCAAAAACAAGGUGGGUUCCUGCAAUGAGUCAGACAGCGAUGGCUCUGUGCCGGAGUUGGAGGAACCAGAGAGUCCGUUGCUGAGGGCCACAGACACACAGUCUCAGCUGUCUCACUCAGCGCCCCCUGGUGAUGAGUCCAUGAACAAAGCGAAGCAGAGCCGCAGUGAGAAGAAAGCACGGAAGGCCAUGUCCAAGCUAGGGUUGAGGCAGAUCCAGGGAGUCACACGCAUCACCAUCCGCAAGUCCAAAAACAUCCUAUUCGUCAUCACCCGACCCGACGUCUUCAAGAGCCCCGCCUCCGACAUCUACAUAGUGUUUGGAGAGGCCAAGAUUGAAGACCUCUCCCAGCAGGUGCACAAGGCUGCAGCUGAGAAAUUCAAGGUUCCCCUGGAGCCCUCACCCCUCAUCCCUGAAAGCACCCCCAGCCUGAGCAUCAAGGAGGAGAGUGAGGAAGAAGAGGAGGAGGUUGAUGAGGCUGGCCUGGAGCUCAGGGACAUCGAGCUGGUCAUGGCCCAGGCCAAUGUGUCCAGGGGGAAGGCCGUCCGCGCUCUGCGGCACAACAAGAACGACAUCGUCAACGCUAUCAUGGAGCUGACCAUGUGAGAGGAGAGAGGCCCCCCUGCCUGUCCGCCGCCCCCUCGCCCCCACCACCCAUACACACUAUAAACUCCACUGUAUUGCUGCUAUGUUGCAUCCCCCCUGUACCUGCUAAAUAAAACAGUCUGCUAUAGCCAUA